CUCGGGCAUCAGCCUCCCCCAGCCGAGGACCCAGGAUGGCUCUGCCGGCCUGCACCAGCGAAAAGCGGGGCUCCCCAGUUCUGCUCCGCGCUGACUCCUGGAAAACAAUGGAAGGUGUCGUUGCAGUGUCUGGGAGUGAGACUGAGGAUGAGGACAGCAUGGACAUCCCCCUGGACCUCUCCUCCUCCGCCAGCUCCAGCAAGAGGAGGAGAAGGGGCAACCUGCCCAAGGAGUCUGUGCAGAUCCUGCGGGACUGGCUGUUUGAGCACCGGUACAACGCCUACCCUUCGGAACAGGAAAAGGCACUGCUGUCCCAGCAGACACACCUGUCCACCCUGCAGGUGUGCAACUGGUUCAUCAACGCGCGCCGCAGGCUGCUCCCCGACAUGCUGAGGAAGGAUGGCAAGGACCCCAAUCAGUUCACCAUUUCCCGCCGUGGGGCCAAGAUUCCUGAGGCCGGCGCUCUGGAGGCCGCGACGGGCGUCAGGAACUUCCUGCCGGCCCUGGAGGACAGCCCGGCUCAUUCCCUGGCCGCCGGACCCAGCCCGCCCCUGGUGGGCCGGUCGCAGAGCGGGCUGUUCAACACGCCGCCGCCCACGCCGCCCGACCUCAACCAGGACUUCAGCGCCUUCCAGCUGCUGGUGGACGUUGCGCUCAAGCGCGCUGCCGAGAUGGAGCUGCAGGCCAAGCUGGCCGCCUGACCCUCCGCGCCUGUCCUGGUCGCCGGGGUGAGGACGGCCACAGAUGAAUUGCGUUAUUUUAUAUAUUUUUUUAUCAAUAUUUGCACAAGGGGUUGCUAACACGUGCUUCCUGUCACUGCGAUGUCGAUUGAUACAGUCAUUCCGAGAACUAUAAACUCAAAGCUACUGUAGAAACAAAGGGUUUUCUUUUUUUUUUUAAGUGUUUCUUGGUAGAUUAUUCAUAAUGUGAGAUGGUUCCCAAUAUCAUGUGAUUUUUCCCCCCUCACUCCCCCGUUUUUUGUUGUUUUUUGUUUUUUCCAGACGGUGCAAUACUUAGAGAACUAUAGCAUCUCCCCUUUCCCGUGUGGAGCAAGGUGUCCACAUGCUGUCUAAUUAAUAAAUUUUCAGUUUGUUUGUUUUUAUUCCAAACAAGUAUGAAUCUAGUUGAUUGAAACCUUUUUUUCACUAUGUAAUAAA